AUGAUCUAUUACUUCCCCCUUCAGACACUGGCACUCACUGGUGUAGAGAUUUCUGCUGUUGCAUUCCUUUCUCCAGCGUUCUUGAUAAUUGGUCCUUUUUGGAAGCUGGCUAACAACAAGUAUAUCCUAGCCCUUCUGAGACUGGCUAUGGUUGGAAGCUUAGCAUCAUAUCAGGCACCAAGUGCUUCAGCUAGACUAUUCAUCUUGGCUGCAGGUGUUUCUUCCUCAUUGCUGGUUCAAACAGUAACAUGGUGGUCAGGAAACAGUUUACAAAGGUUCAUCAGGCUAUGGGGCUUCAUUCUAGGCAAGGUAAUGCUACUUGUUCUUCGGAUCUGGUAUACAUCUCUAAACCCAGUCUGGAGCUCACAAGCUGCCAACGCUGUUGUACUGACACUUGGUUUUAUAGCAGCAGUGGAGCAAAUUUAUUCAGGUAAGGACAGGAAGAAACAAGAAACAAGUAAUAAAACUGGUAAUGCAGUUCGAGGAACUACUCCGCCAUUGAACUGGCUUUUUUCAGGAUUUGCUUUUGGCAGCCUCAUGUUCCUCACUGUCUGGAUAUUUGGGGAGGUCUCACUAGUUUCUAGAUGGGCAGUCAGUGGACAUCCACAUACAGGCCCAGAUCCUAAUCCAUAUGGAGGUAUAGUUCUGUUGGGACUGGCUCAUGGAUUGAUGCUGUCAUUUUGGAGUUGGUCUUCUGUUACCAGUUUUGCCUGGUUUCUUAUAGGUGUAACGUCCUCGGCUGGUCUCCUUUAUUUGCAGACCUGGAGCGCUGCUGUUGCAGGCAGUAUUCUUGCUCUCUUUACUAUGAGUGUGUGGCCCCAGCUGGCUGGACGCUUCAUCCGUUGCCCUCAUCCCGGGAAAGCCAUGACUACAGCCAUGUUGGCCUAUGUUCUUGAGUUAUUCUUCUGUGUAUGGUGUACUGCUUAUAAAUUUGUACCUGGAGGAAUUUAUGCUAGAGAAAAAUCCCACCUUCUUUUAGGGUUUCUCAUGUUAUGCAUUGGGAUAGGUAUUCUAACAGGAUCCACGAAAGAUCUUAGUUCUAUCUUUGAAGUGAAAAGCAACCAAAAGCCACUACUCAAAAAGAGUAUAAACUGUAUUAAACUAUUGUUGUGGCUGUUUGUUGGUGUUGGUUUGCUAGGACUGGGUCUACGCUAUAAAAGUUACAAGCAGAAGCUGGGGCAGGGGCUUCCUAAAAGAGACUUCUCUGCUAUGAUCUGGCCUUUUCGAUUUGGAUAUGACAAUGAAGGAUGGUCUAAUUUGGAAGGAUCAGCUAAUUUGCUUAAUCAGACAGGUGCAGAUUUUAUCACUAUUCUGGAGAGUGAUGCUUCUAAACCAUUCAUGGGGAACAAUGAUCCAACAAUGUGGCUUGGUGAAAGACUAGGAUUUUACACAGAUUUUGGUCCAAGCACAAGAGAUCACACUUGGGGGAUUAUGGCACUCUCAAGGUAUCCAAUUGUAAAAUCUACCCAUCACCUCCUCCCGUCUCCAGAGGGAGAAAUUGCACCUGCCAUCUCCAUGACUGUCAACUUCACAGGGAAACUGAUUGACUUUGUUGUCGCUCACUUUGGAAAUGAAGAAGAGGACUUGGACCGAAAACUGCAGGCUAUAACUGUUGCAAAGCUGUUGAAGACUAGCUCUAAGCAAGUUGUGUUUCUGGGAUACAUCACUUCAGCUCCUAGAUCCAGAGAUUAUACCGAAUUAAUAGAAAAUGGAAAUGUCCAGGAUAUUGACAGUACAGACCUUGAUAGAUGGUGUAGUUAUAUUAUGUACCGUGGAGUAAUCAGGUUGGGCUAUGCCCGCAUAUCUCAUGCUGGUCUAAGUGAUUCAGAAGUCCAGAUGGCCAAAUUUAGAAUCCCAGAUGACUUGGAUAAUUAUGUUGAUAAUGACAGAAUUGUCAUUGAUCCCAACCAAAUUCCCGAGGACAUACAUUUCAAUCCCAGGUUUGGAUCUUAUAAAGAUGGACAUAAUUAUGAGCAUAUUCAUCAUUUUCAUAUGAGCACUCCUAAAUAUUUUAAACAGACAAAUUAG